UCCUAUUAUUGCACCGGCAUUUUCGAUCUGAAGUAAACAAACAAAUGAAAUGCUGACUUAACAUUCGUGUUCAACACAAACACAUUUGCUCCAUAAAACACGAAGACGCCAUGCCUGAAAUUAAAGUCCAACAUGUGGUAUCCUAUAGCAGUGCUGACAAGGGCUGUCCAGCUGACAACCUGUUAAAAGCAGAAGGAGCUCACAAAUGGAAGACAACAGCUCCAGCUGAAAAGCAUGCUACAGUUGUCCUACAGUUUGAGAAAGCAUCACUUAUCCACAGCAUUGACAUUGGAAAUGAAGGCUCAGCUUUUGUUGAGGUUUUGGGUGGAAAAUCAUCAGCCAAGGAGGACAAAGAUUAUCAGGUGUUGCUGGUGGCCUCAUCUUUUAUGAAUCCAAUGGACAGUCGUAACAAUACUAACAGAAAUAUGGUGCGCAUGUUUGGUAAAGAGAAAUUCUCCAAAACAGCUGUCAGUGAAAAGUGGGACAGAGUGAAGAUUGUUUGUACCCAGCCCUUCAAUAAGACCUCCAGUUAUGGAUUGUCCUUCAUCAAGUUCCAUUCCCCUCCAGCAGCUGGAGAGAAGGAGGAAUCCACUAUUGGUGCCAAGAAGCUUGGAGCCUUCCUCAUCAAACCAGAGAAGGAGGAUGACAUACAUAUGGGGUCUGUGUUUGCAAAACGGUCAGAGGUCAAGGAGACCCCUCCAGCCACAGGAGCAGCAGCUAUAAGAGCAGCGUCUCGACUAUCUGAGGAAUCUCGCUCUACUUCAGUGCUAUCAUCUCCUGCAGCGACUCUCAAAUCUAAACCCAGUCAGGUUUCUUCAUCACACAAAACCAGUGACAAUCACUCGUCCUUCAAGUCGGAAGUCAGCGAGUCUUCCUCUUCUAAACCCAGCAAAACAAAGGCAGCUCCCAAAAUGUCAGAGAACCGCAGUAAGAGAAAGCAUGAGUUCAGUGAUGACGAAGGUCACGGUACAGAUGAAGAUGAUUCGGCGCCCCCCAAACCCUCAAUGAGGAAACAGUCCACCAGCAUCAGUUCUACAGCCUCGUCUGUUAGGAGUGAUCACACCAAACCAGCGCUGAAAAAAAUCAAAUCUGAACCUGUUAGUGAAUCCCCUGUGAAGUCCUUCAAGCGACUGAUGGAAGGAGUCGUGUUUGCACUGAGUGGUUUCCAGAACCCGUUUAGGGCAGAGCUGAGAGACAUGGCCACAGAAAUGGGCGGUGUGUACAAGGCUGACUGGGAUAAAAAAUGUACUCAUCUAAUAUGUGCCUUUGUCAAUACUCCCAAAUACAACCAAGUCCGGGGGAAAGGUCGGAUAGUCAAGAAAGACUGGAUCCAGCACUGCUACAAACAGAAGAAAUUCAUUUCUUGGAGAAAGUACCAACUCGGUGAUGCUGAUUACUCCAGUGAUGAAGAAGAUGAGGAGGAGGCACCUGUUAUGAAGAAGAAAACCCCUGUCCCUAGUAAACACAAGGCCAAUCAAGAUGACAAAGCCUCGUCAAGUAAAGGAUCCUCAUCUAAAAAAGCAAAACUAGAAGUGUACGAUGACAACACAGACGUGGAUUCAGGAGAAGACACAGAGGAUGAAGUACGAAGAAUAAAACAGAAAAUGGAGCAAAAUGACAAACCCAAGAGCAAUGAAGCAGAUGUGUAUGGUGAUUCGACAGACAAUGAUGAAGUGUCCUCUAAAUCAGCACCCAGGGGAAAUAGUAAAAUGGAGGAGGAGGAGGAUGACUCCAAUGACUCGGGACUCCCUGAACUUCCAGAUUUUUUCACCAACAAGAAUUUUUUCCUGUAUGGAGAUUUUUCUGUAUCAGAGAGACGUUUAUUAAUCCGAUACAUCACAGCGUAUAACGGUGAACUGGAGAACUACAUGAGUGAUCAGACAAAUUAUGUACUGACCUACAACAAAUGGGAUGAUAACUUUGAUGAGGCGCUGGCUGACAACUCAAAGUUGGUGUUCGUGAAACCUAAAUGGAUUUACGCCUGUCAUGAAAAAUACAAGACUAUGCCCUUCCAACCCUACAGUGUUGUGCCGGAAUGAUUGUGAAAGGAUGGUCUAUGUGACAAAAAGACGCCAGAUCCAUACACUUGUACCUGUUCUGUAGUUACACACUGUUUGAUUUAAAGCCAGAAGUUUGUCACCUGCUCUCAUAAUGGGCAGUUUAUAAUCAUGUUUACCCAUCCCUUUCAGUGAACUAAGGAAUUCUUUUAUAUGCAAAAGGAUAUAAAAGGACAGAAUAAACAAUGCAAAAGAAUUAAUAGCAUUUUGUGUGUAAAGAUGCUGGAGGGCCAGACCAGGGUUUGAACCCACUGACCUCCAAUCAUUGUGCCGUUACUCUAACCAUCUGAGCUUACCAGGCAAUGGUAGUAUCCCGACCCACAGCUACAGCAAUGAUAGUAUCCGGGCCCAAUGGCUACAGCUAUGGUAGUAUCCCGGCCCAAUGGCUACAGCUAUGGUAGUAUCCGGGCCCAAUGGCUACAGCUAUGGUAGUAUCCCGGCCCAAUGGCUACAGCUAUGGUAGUAUCCCGGCCCAAUGGCUACAGCUAUGGUAGUAUCCCGGCCCAAUGGCUACAGCUAUGGUAGUAUCCCGGCCCAAUGGCUACAGCUAUGGUAGUAUCCCGGCCCAAUGGCUACAGCUAUGGUAGUAUCCCGGCCCAAUGGCUACAGCUAUGGUAGUAUCCCGGCCCAAUGGCUACAGCUAUGGUAGUAUCCCGGCCCAAUGGCUACAGCUAUGGUAGUAUCCCGGCCCAAUGGCUACAGCUAUGGUAUUAUCCCGGCCCAAUAAUAAAGGGAACGUUCCCGUAUGUAUGAAAAAGUAAAGUGUGGUAUUUUCUUAGUGUUUUGCCUGCAGUGGGAUGGGAUACUUAACAUACAGGUCUUGUUAUCAAUGGGAUUUUUUGGUAGACAUUUCAAAUUGUUUACAGACUUAUUUUUUUUGAAAGAUAAUUUCAUUGAAAAAUAAUCUCUCUUUUCCAUUUAUAUAUGGUCUUCACAUUCAGCUACAUUUCAUUUGUAUUAUUAUUAAUGGUAGAACAUGCAAUUUCCUCAAUUUAAAUAUUUUCACCUUACUUGCCCUUGAAUGAGAUGGAAAAUUCAACACUGGACACAAAAAUAAAAUCAUGCAAACUUGUCAGAAGUGAUAUAUGUCCAACAUUAGGUAAUUUUCUUUUAAAACUCCAGUUGGCAAAAAUAUCAUUACAGCUUACAGACCAUUGCUCAUUAAUGUGUAUCAGAAAUAUUACCAACAACAUUGUGUACUCUCUCAGGAAAUUUAGUUUUUGUCUUUAAUCUGGUAUGUUUAAGUUAAAUCAGAUUAGUGUAUUAAUUGAAUGUGUUAAAUUUACAAUUUAUAGAUAGUUGUUGAAAGUUUUCAAUGAAUGUACAGAUCAUGUAUAUAUGUUAUCACAUCAGCAAGUGUGCCAUUAUGGCUAGAUAAUCGUAAGAAUUAGUGCAAUGUUUCAAUCUGUUUCAGUCCAUUCCAUUUAAGUGCAUUACACAUCAGUAAGUUGGUCAAAAGCUCUUCAUAUAUGUUAUUUGUUUGGAACCAUACAGACUUUAAAUAAAAUAUACCUUAGCCUAAUUAUCGAUCAUCGGACCUACUUUACAUAGGGUGUAUAUUUCAGGGAGAUUUUCCCCCUUAUUCUUGUGCCAUGAAAACCCCACAACCCUUCAAAUUUAUUUCCAUUCUGAUAGUGUUAGUCAAGACCGUUGCCACUGACAAUCUUGUGACCAAAACUUUGAAAAUUUGACUCUGCAGAACUUUAGUGAUAAAGUGAUAUACAGUUACAUGAGGCCACAUGCAGGCAACUUCUGACUGGAUCGAUUUGAGGGUUGACUAACAAUGAAACCAUAUUCUUGUAAGUUGAAGGUUGUGCAUGCUCAAAUGAUAUGGAUCCUCAGAAUAUUACCUUAAAACCUAUGUUGCUAGACAUUCAUACAUGAACUAAUGGUGUAAGGGAUAAUAUAUUUGUUACUUACAUUAUCUGUACUGUUCAAUAUUUUUGUAGAGUAUUUGUUAAUGAUAUCAUGUAAUUAACAUUUUAAAUGUAAUUUGUCAACUAAAUAUUGUACUGUUUGAUGUCUAGUAGCAAACACACAUUUUGAAUACAUCUGCUACCAUUUGUAGAAAUACAAUUUUAACAUUACAUGCAUAGUGUUUGAUUUUUGUUUUAUUUUGCUGUAUGUAACACAUGUCCUGUUUAAAGUCACUGCCCUAAUAUUUCUUCAAAAGUUUCUGCUUUUUUAGGUCACCUGAGUUGUUUUAGGGACCUAUUGCUAUCCGUCUUCGUCCGUCUUCCGUCAACCAUCGUCCGCUAAGAUUUUACAUUUUCAAUUUAAGCUAAAAUACUGUCAAAGGGAUUUCAUGGAUACUUUAUGGGAAUCUUACUGACAUCUCCCUAACCAAGUGUUGUUAUUUUUCUGGUCGAUCAGAAAUCCAAUAUGGCUGCCAUGGCCGCCGUUUUGAAAAAAGUAUUUCAAACUUAGUCAAGUUUGACUGGGCCAAUUUAACUGAAACUUUGUAGGAAUGACCGACUCAUGUUCCUGACAAAGUAUUGUUAUUUUUUUGGUCGA